AAAGAGAGAAUCAUGGAAACGUUUUGGUAUAUGAGUGUGUGAUGAGAAGAAUGUGAUUAACAUUUAGCCAUAAUACAAAAUGUUCUUCCAAAGUUUAUCUCUUCUUAUUCUCGUCGCCACUCUCCUUUGCUCUCCUGCCUUUGCUCUUAAAAAGUCUUAUAUAGUAUACUUGGGAUCUCACGCACAUCCUCCUCAUCACAUCUCUCACGCUCAUCUCGACCGUGUUGCUCAUUCACAUCGCACUUUUCUCGCUUCUUUCUUGGGAAGCCAUCAAAGUGCAGAAGACGCCAUCUUUUAUUCAUACAAGAGACAUGUCAAUGGCUUCGCCGCUGUUCUUGAAGACAGUGCAGCUGCAGAAAUCGCCAAGCAUCCAAAUGUAGUAUCUAUAUUCUUAAACAAAGGAAGGAAACUGCAUACCACUCAUUCAUGGGAUUUCAUGCUUCUUGAGAAACAUGGCGUCGUUCACAAGUCUUCUCUUUGGAAGAAAGCAGGAUUCGGAGAAGGCACAAUCAUAGCCAAUCUUGACACUGGUGUGUGGCCUGAGUCAAAAAGCUUCAGCGAUGAAGGGUAUGGAGAUGUUCCGGCUAGGUGGAAAGGCAGUUGUCACGGUGAUGUUCCUUGCAACAGGAAGCUCAUUGGAGCAAAAUACUUCAACAAAGGUUACUUAGCGUACGCAAAAUUUCCCUCUAACUCUACCUUUGAAACCCCUCGUGACCUUGACGGUCACGGCACCCAUACUCUCUCCACAGCGGGAGGAAACUUUGUACCCGGAGCCAACGUCUUUGGACUUGGCAACGGGACAGCUAGUGGCGGUUCUCCUAGGGCUAGAGUCGCCUCUUACAAAGUGUGUUGGCCGCCUUUUAAAGGUGCCGAGUGCUUUGAUGCUGAUAUCUUGGCAGCGAUUGAUGCAGCGAUCGGUGACGGUGUGGAUGUUAUAUCGGCUUCAGUGGGCGGAGAUGCUGGAAAUUAUAUGGAGGAUGGCAUGUCCAUUGGUUCCUUCGUAGCAGUCAAGAACGGUGUGACGGUUGUGUGUUCCGCUGGGAACUCGGGUCCUAAACCUGGAACUGUCUCAAACGUUGCACCGUGGAUUAUCACCGUCGGAGCUAGCUCCAUGGAUCGGGAGUUUCAAUCAUUUGUAGAGCUCAGCAACGGCUCACGCUUCGAGGGAACAAGCCUCUCUAAGCCUUUGCCUGAAAAAAAGAUGUACGAUCUGAUCAGUGCCGCGGACUGUAAAGCAGCCAAUGCGUCAGCGUUACAAGCAUUGCUAUGCAAGAAAGAUAGCCUAGAUCCGGAGAAAGUGAAAGGGAAGAUCGUUGUGUGUCUAAGAGGAGACAACGCACGUGUGGACAAGGGACAGCAAGCAGCCACUGCUGGUGCUGUAGGAAUGAUACUAUGCAACGACAAGGCGAGCGGAAACGAGAUCAUCGCAGACGCUCAUGUUCUUCCCGCUUCUCAGAUUAACUACGAAGAUGGUGAAGCCGUGUUCUCAUACCUAAACUCCACAAAAGACCCCAAAGGCUACAUAACUGCACCCAACACUCAGCUCCACACAAAGCCAGCUCCAUUCAUGGCCUCGUUCUCUUCAAGAGGCCCCAACACCAUCACACCAGGAAUCCUCAAGCCCGACAUCACCGCGCCAGGUGUCAACAUCCUAGCCGCCUUCACGGAAGCCACAAGCCCUACGGACAUAGAAUCUGACAACCGUAGAACUCCUUUCAACAUCGAAUCGGGAACAUCCAUGUCUUGUCCUCACAUCUCCGGCAUCGUCGGUCUCUUGAAGACGCUCCGCCCUCAGUGGAGCCCCGCCGCGAUCCGCUCCGCCAUCAUGACUACUUCGAGAACAAGAGAUAACACUCGAAAGCCCAUGGUCGACGCGACUUUCCACAAAGCCACUCCUUUCGGCUACGGCUCGGGCCAUGUCCAGCCCAAUAAAGCCUCCCACCCGGGCCUCGUCUACGAUCUCAACACUGGAGACUACUUAGACUUCCUAUGCGCCAUCGGUUACGCCAACAAGGUCGUUCAACUCUUUGCCGAUGAUCCACUAUACACGUGCCGCACCGGAGCUAAUCUUUUGGACUUCAACUACCCUUCGAUCACUGUCCCUAAACUCACCGACUCUGUCACGAUCACUCGUAAGCUCACGAACGUUGGACCUCCUUCCACGUACAGAGCCUAUUUCCGAGCGCCUCUUGGAGUUGAAGUCUCUGUAGAGCCGAAACUGCUCACGUUCAGUAAAGUCGGUGAGGAGAAGAUGUUUCAGAUGACUCUCCAGGUUAAGUCAGCGAAGGCUUUAGGGUACUUAUUUGGAGAGCUGACGUGGACUGAUACCAAACACCAUGUUAGGAGUCCCAUUGUCGUGGAGCUUUCAAGCUAGUCACUUUAUUCAUCACUCUACUCUUUAUCUUUUGGCGUUUAUUUUUUUUAAUAUCAAUCAUUCUAUAAGUUCGGAUAUUAUUUGAAUGUUAA